AUGGAGUUUCUUGAAAGAACUUCCCUGGUGAAUGACAAAGCCCCUAAGAUGUACGCCUUCACACUAGACAGUGCGGAACUCCAACAGAAACCUGUGAAUAAAGAUCAAUGUCCUGGAGAGAAGCCAGAGGCACCUGAGGCAGGAGGCAUUUAUCACUGCCACAGCAACUCCAAGGCCACGGAGAGCAGGGUGAAGGAGCAAGCGCACGCCAAGUGGAAACUCUGCGCGGCCUCGGCAAUAUGCUUCAUCUUCAUGAUUGCGGAGGUCGUGGGUGGGCACAUUGCUGGGAGUCUUGCUGUCGUCACGGAUGCUGCCCAUCUCUUAAUUGACCUGACCAGUUUCCUGCUCAGUCUCUUUUCCUUGUGGUUGUCAUCAAGGCCCCCCUCUAAGCGGCUGACGUUUGGGUGGCAUCGAGCAGAGAUCCUUGGUGCCCUGCUGUCUAUCCUUUGCAUCUGGGUGGUGACUGGUGUGCUGGUGUACCUAGCCUGUGAGCGCCUGCUGUACACUGACUACCAGAUCCAGGCGACCGUGAUGAUCGUCGUUUCGGGCUGCGCAGUUGUGGCCAAUAUUAUACUAGCUGUGGUUUUGCACCAGAGACACCUUGUCCACAAUCACAAUGAAGUACAAGCUAACGCCAGUGUCAGAGCAGCUUUUGUGCAUGCCCUUGGAGAUGUAUUUCAGAGCAUCAGUGUGUUAAUCAGUGCUCUUAUUAUCUACUUUAAGCCAGACUACAAAAUAGCUGACCCAAUCUGCACAUUUAUCUUCUCCAUUCUGGUGCUGGCCAGCACUGUCAUGAUCUUAAAGGACUUCUUCAUCUUACUUAUGGAAGGUGUACCAAAGGACCUGAAUUACAAUGUUGUGAAAGAGCUCAUCCUGGCAGUCGAUGGCGUUGUCUCUGUGCACAGCCUGCACAUCUGGUCUCUAACAACGAACCAAGUGAUUCUCUCUGUUCAUGUUGCCACAGCAGCCAGCCGGGACAGCCAGAUUGUCCAGAGAGGAAUUGCUAGAGCUCUCAGCAAUAGCUUUCCUGUGCAUUCGCUCACGAUUCAGGUGGAGUCUCCAGUCGACCAGGACCCUGCCUGCCUUUUCUGUGAAGACCCUCGGGACUAA